CUCUCCGGGCUUGGGUGUGGCGCGCGCGAGAUAGCCUGCCUGUGCUGCUGAAGGAGCCGAUGCGUCUCUUAAAGAAGUGCGAAACCUCAACAGGUGGUUGGAGCUCCGUGAAGGCGACGUAAAAACGUCACAACCCAAGUUCCACUAUGUCACCCAAACCUUUUGAAAGUCCUCCACCGUAUCGUCCAGAUGAAUACAUACCUCCACACUAUUUAUCAAGCAACAAUACAUUUGGUGGUGAAUUCCAUUCUCAGCCUAUGCACUCUCAACCAGCGUAUUCUUAUUAUCCGGAAGAUGAAGUGCAACGUUUCUACAAAUGGUCCUCCCCACCAGGAAUAAUCAAGAUCAUGUCAAUUCUCAUACUAGUCAUGUCUAUUGGGGUCUUUGCAUGUGUUGCUUCUACUCUGGCUUGGGAUAUGGACAUGUAUGGAGGUGGACUAGGAACUGGUUACGGGUUACCUGGCUAUGGAGGUUUUGGAACCAGCUAUGGUGGAUACAUGGGCAGCAGUGGUUUUGGCUAUAAUAAUGCAUAUGGCCUUGGAGGAAAUUAUAUUGAUCCACGAGGAGCAAAAGGCUUUAUACUUGCAAUGGCAGCUUUUUGCUUUAUUGCUGGAUUGAUGGCUUUUGUAACUGGGGUUACAAAGACUAAGAUGGCCAGGACAAGGAAAUAUUAUCUCUUAGUGAUAAUAGCAAGCUCUAUAUUGCUCUUCUUGAUGUUCAUUGCUGCAAUCGUAUAUACACUAGCAGUCAACCCAACUGCACAAGCUUCUGGAUCAGUGAUCUACAAUCAGAUCUAUAUGAUGUGCAGCCAGUUUUACACAUCCACAACUACUGGGCUCUACGUGAAUCAAUACUUAUAUCACUACUGUAUGGUGGAACCUCAGGAGGCUAUUGCCAUUGUAUUAGGCUUCCUGAUUGCUGCAGCUUUGGCUAUAAUAAUAUUUUUCGCAGUAAAGACCCGAAGUAAAAUAGGUUACUAUGGCAAAAUGAGUAUACUCUGGGAUAACACAAAAGGUUAUGAUAAAACUCCUAAUGUAGAAGAAUGGGUUAAGAAUGUAAGUCCAGAGCCAGUGGCAACUUCCCCAGGAAUUGACUAUCCAGAUCGAAUUGCCAGUUCUAUGGGAUACUCAAUUUCUGAUGCUCCUGCACAUCAGAUUCGCAAGGACAACUACACAGCUAGUCCGGUACCUGAAGUUGUUGCUCCCUUAAAAGACCUAAAACAGUCCCAGUAUGUGAACACUAGCAAUUACAAUGGGUCAGCUAAGGAGCUCCAGCAGAAAAAGAAAAGAGGAAGAACAAGAAGAGCCAACAGUGAUAAUUAUGAUGCUGAUUAUACCACAGGUGGUGAAUCUUGUGAUGAACUGGAUGAGAACUGGGACAG